AUGUCAGCAGCUAGUAUUAAUAAAUCAAGUCUGGUAAAUAUUCGAUCGAAAUCAGCCCUGGUCAGUCAGAGUUUAAUAUAUCACAAGAAAGACCUUAUCCGUGCAAAUAUCACGUUGGAAAAUGGAAUUCAUUUAUUAGAUCAGUUACCUCCCGAUACUCAUCCUAGUGAAAGCAUAUUUGAUGCUAUUUCCAAUUGUUGCAAAGGAAAAGACACACCUAGUUUUGAUGAAAGAAUUAUCCCUUUUAAAUACAUUCUCAAUGUUGAGCCCGUAUCAAUGUCAGAGACAGAUAGUGAAGACGAUGAAAAUAAUAAUGUGGUGGAAAUUACUUAUGCAUUGCCAUUUAGCAACUUGGAAAAAGACUUGAGAAUCUCGAAGAUCAAACUAGAAAUUGAAAAUAAAAACGACUUGCCUCCAUCUAUUCCUAAAUUUAUUCUUGGAAAUGCGUUCCCAAAUAGCAUCAUCCGCCCUUCUGUAUUGGUUUUAAUUAAUCCUCACGGUGGUAAAGGACAUGCGAAAACGAUAUAUAAGAAUGAAAUUUUACCCGUAUUGCAAGCUGCUAAUGUUAAGGUGACUUAUGUCGAGACUCAAUUUAAUGGUCAUGCGACUCAAGUUGCACGUGACAUGGAUGUGAAUUUGUAUGACUUGGUUGUUUGUUGUUCUGGUGAUGGUAUACCGCAUGAGGUUAUCAAUGGGUUUUAUUUACGUCCGGAUAAAGGUGUGCUGGCAUUUAACAAGAUUGCUGUUACUCAAUUACCAUGUGGCUCAGGGAAUGCCUUAUCUUUGAGUACACAUGGUAGUGGGAAUCCCUCAAUUGCUACAUUUCAAAUGUUGAAAGCUCACAGAGCAAAGUUGGAUUUGAUGGCUGUUACACAAGGUAUUGGAGAGUCAAAAACUACAAAAUUAUCAUUUCUUUCUCAAUGUUAUGGUGUGAUUGCUGAUUCAGAUAUUGGGACUGAACAUUUACGUUGGUUAGGACCUAUUAGAUUUGAAAUCGGGGUUGCACAAAAGGUGUUUUCAGGAGCUACUUAUCCAUGUGAUUUGUAUGUGAAUUAUAAAAUAGACAACAAGGCGGAAAUUAUUAACCAUGUCAAUGAUUAUUUAACCAAUACCGGUAAUGAUGGGAAAAGCUUACCAGAAAUCACCGAAGAAAAUUUACAAGUUAAGGGUCCUGAAUUAAAUGAACCAGUUCCUCGAGAUUGGAAACGUAUUCCUGAUCAAAUUGCUCAUAAUUUGAAUAUCUUGUAUGUUGGUAAAAUGCCAUAUGUUUCAGCUGACGCCCAAUUUUUCCCAGCUGCCUUACCAAAUGAUGGAACUAUGGAUAUGAUUGUUACUGAUUCAACCAGUUCAGCAUUUAAAACAGCGUCCAUUUUAAUGGCUGUUGAAAAAGGUAGACAUAUUGAUGAUGAUAAAGUAUUCCAUUCAAAAGUUACAAGUUAUCGAUUGAUUCCAAAUGUUAGAGAUCAUGGUCGUCAUUAUAUUUCAGUAGAUGGGGAAAGCUUCAAAUUUGAGGCUUUUCAAGUUGAAGUCUUGCCUGGUGUCUUGACGGGGUUGUUACAAGAUGGUAAUUUUGUGGAAACUUCAGUUACAAAAUAA